AUGGAUGUAGAUCCUCCAAACGGAACUUUUGGCAACACGUCACACGUCCAUGUAUCUCCCCACAGCCUUUGGGAGGUUAUCACCAUAGCUACGGUGUCGGCCAUUGUCAGCUUGAUAACUAUUGUUGGUAAUGUGCUUGUCUUGCUGUCAUUCAAAGUCAACAGCCAACUGAAGACUGUUAACAACUACUACCUACUGAGUUUAGCAUUUGCUGACCUCAUCAUAGGAGUGCUGUCCAUGAACUUGUACACCACAUAUAUCCUGAUGGGUUACUGGUCCUUGGGGAACCUUGCAUGCGACCUCUGGCUAGCAGUGGAUUAUGUAGCCAGCAAUGCUUCAGUUAUGAACUUACUUGUCAUAAGCUUUGACAGAUACUUCUCCAUUACAAGACCACUGACUUACAGGGCUAAGAGGACUCCAAAGAGAGCAGCCAUCAUGAUAGGCAUGGCGUGGCUGGUGUCUUUUGUCCUCUGGGCACCACCAAUUCUCUGCUGGCAGUACUUUGUAGGAGAAAGAAAAGAGUCUCUGGAUGAGUGCCAGAUCCAGUUUUUAACAGAGCCGGUGAUCACAUUUGGGACAGCCAUUGCUGCUUUCUACAUCCCAGUCUCUGUUAUGACCAUCCUUUACUGCAGGAUCUACAAGGAGACUCAGAAACGGACAAAGGACCUGGCAGAGCUGCAAGGGCUCGCAACUGAAAAUGUUCCAGAGGGGAAUAAACCACAGAAAACUAUAAUUAACUCCUGCUUUCAUUUCACCAGAGAGAAGAGAGAGCGGAGUCAGGCCUCCUGGUCUUCAUCGAACCAAAGUAACGCCACUAAAACUACUACUAGGUCAGAUGAUGCAUGGGCAAAAGCAGACCAGAUCACUUCUUUUAACAGCUACACCUCCUCAGAAGAGGAGGAGCAUCACGUUUCAAUAGACACCCCACAGGGCUCUUUCAAAGAACAAGGUAGCGGACAGAGUAAUAAUAACGGGCAAGUGACUGAUUAUACAGAAGAUCGCUAUUUUUCCAGUCCUUCAAAGAAGAACAGCAAAAAGUGCAUCUCAUAUAAGUUCAAACCUGGCUCAAAGGGUAAAAACAGCAAUCCUACAACUGCAUCCCCCUGCCCACCUGAAGCAGAGCAGCCAGCCAAAAACGCUUCCCCUUCCUCCUCGACCACCUCCAAACCCAUGGACCCCGCCUUGAAGAAUCAGAUCACUAAGAGGAAGAGAAUGGUGCUGGUGAAGGAGAAGAAGGCGGCCCAGACCCUCAGUGCCAUCCUGUUGGCUUUCAUCCUCACAUGGACACCGUACAACAUCAUGGUGCUCAUCUCCACCUUCUGCGCCAAGUGCAUCCCUCCGACCCUCUGGCACCUGGGCUACUGGCUGUGCUACGUCAACAGCACCAUCAACCCCAUGUGCUACGCCCUGUGCAACAAGACCUUCCAGAAGACCUUCCGCAUGCUUCUGCUCUGCCAGUGGAGGAGGAGGAGGAGAGGCGAGGACAAGCUGUACUGGUGUGGACAGAACCAAAACGUCAACAAUAAAAUGACUUGA